CAUUUGUAAAAUCAAAAGGGCAGGCCACUGUCAAUAUUUGGCCCGCUUUGUCGGUGGGAUCGGGCUUUCCCUGUUCCUUGUAGCGUUUUCGUAUCUCAGCGCACCAGGGUGUACACCGAAGAUGAUAAUCCAGAGGAUCUUCUUUACCGGCCAGUGUUACAUCUAUCCGCUUGCAGAACAAACAAAAAUACGCCUCGCUAAUAUUCACGGGCCGAAAUCCCAGCUUUCCGAGUGACUUUAUCGAAUGGGGCGGAAAAUUGUCUGAGCAGAUUAAACGAUAUAGUCCAUCAUCAUCACUUUCCGUAUAAACACCAGCUUCAAAGCUCUCAUAUAACUGUGUGGCAGCAGACAUUUUGCUUUCAGGAAAUAAGCGAUACUCUGACUUGCCCGAUGACUACUGCUACGUCCUUUUAUACAGCGCAUACACACACUGCUGCUUGUUGUUAUUCUGACCUACAAUAUACUGGGCGGGAAAGGGAGGUUCAGUAGGCAGCGGCCAAAGUCUGCUGACUGACCGCCUCCUCUCAUCCUCGCGUGAUCAUCCACUGUUGAUGAUAUCAUUGCCAUCUGCUACCAUUCUAUGAGUCAUGGCACUGGCACAUAAAAGCCAAAGCCAGCCAGAGUUUAAAUCUGUUUGUUGGCAGAAUCAGUUGGCAGUUUAUCAUCUUCACCACCACUAUGGCUCGGAAUUUAUCCAACAACCUGGAAAUUUACACGAACAAAAAUGCCGUCGACACGGAAUAUGCUCGACUUGUUAAGAACAGCCCUUUUAUUCUGAUUCACAAACCUACGUCCAUCAUGCUCAGCUUAAGCCUCUACCAACCACACGAGCCGCGUAUCGAUCUCCGCCUGAUCAAGCACAUUCCACAGGAUGAUUCAUAUGCUGCCACUCGCUGUGGAUUCUAUUUUCCCACCAGCUAUCUUCCUGAAUUUUUGGCCGCCGUAAAAACCCUAGCAAGUCGUGUCAGUGAGUGGGAGAAAUCAAACGCGUUUAUGCGGCCAUUGGCCUUGCAGCCUGCCUCGUCUGCCUCACGUAGUAGUAGCAACAAUAAAGCCUCUGUGAUAAAAAGCCGCGGAAGUGGCAAGGGAAGCAGUAAAAAGAGAAGCGUUAAUAUCUUUGCCAAGGCGGCCGCGAAAAAAUUUUUGCGCACUUGUAAAGGUGGUGAUGUACGUGGUGAUCGUGGUGGUAGUGCUCGUGUUGGUGGUGGUGGUAGUGUCGAAAAAGAUGAUGUUGACUACGAUGGUAACGUUAACGAGAGAGCUCUGUUAAUUGAUGACGACGAUGAUGAUGAUGCUAAUGAUGAUGACUAUAACGAAGAUGGCGACCGCCACGAUCAAUGAAUGAAAGAAUAAUUAAAUGAUGCUUUAAAAACGA